GUGGGGAGGGAUGGGGGUGGACAGAGAGGAGACAGAGGAAUACAGAGACUUAAGCAAUGGUGGGGAAUCAGUCAUGGGGGAACCAAAGGACACAUUGGGGAAACUGAGGAAGAGAGAAGGGAAGAGAUUUGAGUAAGAACAAAGAGAUCAAUAGAGAGAUGGAGAAAAAUAAGAUGAAAAAUGGGAGGCUUGAAAGACAGAGAGCACAGAAUAAAGACUCAACUCACUCCCCAGUUAAGCCAGAUGCCCACCCCCAACCCUCACCAUAUCUCACCUCCACAAAGGGAAGAAAUUGAGAGAAGGAACAAAAGUCUUUAAUCAGGCCCCAGACUUCCUGAGACUGAAGGGGAGGGAACUGAGCCAGGGUGGGGGUGCCCGUGCUGCCCUCCCCUGGGCCCCCCUCCUUAUCCCAGACACGCACGCUCCCCUGUGGUGGUCUACUGUGGCAUCCGAGCCUGUGAGCAGCUUAUCAAAGCUCUGUGGCCCUGCGGCAAGGCCCCCCUGCCCCUCUUCGGGAGUCACCUACUGUCUCAGCCUGGGCAGAGGAAGUGUCCACAGGGGCGGGCAGGCAGGGUUCCCCGGUGGUGGCUCUGGGUGGGGUGAGUUACUGUGACCUGGGCCAGUGCCUGGCUGCCUCUGAGCUGUGGACAAGUAUGGGCUGGUGAAGAGGGGGAGGGCAACUCAGCCACCCCCGGGUCUCAGGCAGAAAUGAGCUGGACUCCCAGCCACACUCUCACACGCAACUCCACCAAGCACCCCGUCUCUGCUCAGUGUUGGGCCUCCCCAGAGAAAAGCUUUCUCGGAAGUCUUGCCUAAAGCCCUCAUGCCAUGAUGGCUUAACCUCAGCUAUUGGCAAGAAGGAGGAAGUGAAUGACAAAGGCAAUGAGGUGAGAGUAAUGGUUCAGUUUCUAGCACCCAGCUCAACCCACCAAGCAGUUACUGUUGGCUUUUAGAGAGUCUGCACAUGCAGGGACACUUAUACACACCCAGCGUUACUUGAAUCCCAGAUAGUCCCUUUUAUUAAAAUAAAUGUACUCCCACAGCUCCCCAAGUCCUCUUUCCUGAGUUCCUGACCUAGCAAAUUGAUUGUUCUUAGCAAGACUUUCUUUCUCUCCAUACCUGAUGCACUUUCAAUCCCCUUGCCCGGGACCCACAGCCCCAUCAAGACACCUGCCUUUCCAGAGACCUGACUGAGAACAGACAUUCUUUAUGAGGCUGGGCUGCAGGUGUCCACAGACCCGUGAUGAUGGUGGAGGCAUCCUGGGUUGAGGACUGCACAUCUGCACAUGUCUAAUAGAGGAUGUGACCUCCCCAGGAGAAGCUGACUGCAAGGAGGAGCAGGAACCCGCAUGCGCUAUCGCUGCCGUGGCCCCAGCAGCUGCUGUAAAGAGACGGUGACCACCCGUGGUAAUGGCAAAUGCAGCAGUUUCCUGGACAGAAGACCCCACUCAGACCCAGGAAAGAUCAAGCUCGCUGGAAACCCCUCAGGGACCCUGGUUCACCGUCAUCCAGCCUGUGUGGCAGCCCAUCAUUGCAAUCAAGUGGAAACAGAGCUGGUGGGAGAUGUGCCUGACACAACCCACAGAAACUGCUUCCUCGGAGACCUGUGCAACAGAGCCGUGGCGAGCUCCGGGGCCCCAGCAGCCGUCUUGACUGCUGCAGCCCCUGCCUUGGCCUGGCUCCUGCCAGGACUGUGGAGAGGGUGGUGGGGGCAGGAGUAGGGAAAGGG